AUGGCUCCUGCCCCGAGGCCAGACCCUAGCUACGCAUCAACCCGAUUAACAACGAGAAAUCAUGCUGGAGGUCCACCACUUACGCAGGUCGGAGGGAGGCCAACACGGAGCGCGCAAAGGAGAGUUGCGGAAACAGGGAGUCAAUCGCCAGACAAUCCGGCAGAACAGCCGAGCCCUACAUUAGCAAAGCAAAGGGCUGAACCUGCGACCGACGAUGAACCCCUUGCUUCCAGCGACGAGGACGAAGAUGACUUUGGGGAGGUAGAGGAGAUAUCAACAAUUCGUGAUCCGCAGAAAAGAACCCUCUUUUCACCAAGGGACUUGGAUUACCAUAUUCAACAAAGUGACGCUGCAAAAUAUUUGCCAAAAAGCCGCCUGGGACAGAGUGAUGCUUCGGAGAAUGAAAAUUCCCCGAAGAGACAAAAGAGAACCACGACACCUAGGAAGAAACAGUCGAACACAUCUAAGAAGCCAGCGGCUACACGCAAUAUUAGGAGACCUACAACUCAUCCUUACCAAAAAGAUAAGGAAGAGGAAGGUAUAUUCAAGGCAUUCUCAAAGCAAGGCCGAAAACAAAAGCAAUACUCAACAAAGACGUCUCAUAACAUUCAUGCUCCAACUCCCUUGAAACAUCGGGCGGCGCGUGAGCUUGAAAGGGAACCUUCGAGCGGUUGUGACGAUAGUCCUAAAAGCUCGCAUAAGUCCCAAGCUGACAAAGGGCUCCAGUUCAAGGAUCCAGCCUCCUUCAUGCAAGCUCACGCUUCUAUUCCAGCUAGCUCUUGCCGUGAAAAUGACCCUGAUAUUCUGGACCUUAGUGAUGGGUUUGAAGCCGUGUCACCGCUAAGCUCUGUAUCUUCGUCGUUUUCUGUCCAUAUACCCCCAGAGCUCCAGGAGGAGAUUGACCGUCGCUCUGCCCCCGUUACAGUGUGUCCCGUGUGCGAGAUACCGGUGGACAUGGAACUGUUCAAAUCUUUCAAAUCAAUGGAAAAAAUGGGUCAGCAAUCCCGGUUUUGCUUAUUACACCGGAGGAAAUCUGCGGAACAGCAGUGGAAGGAAAGACGUUAUCCAACUAUAGAGUGGGAAUCGUUCCAGACACGCAUUGAAAGCCAUUUUGCAGAAUUGGAAAGAAUAUUGUUACCCGACAGUUGCUCGGUUUAUCGAGAGUUAUUGAAAUCAUCUGCUUUGGAGCACAACAAGCAAGGAAACUUCCGUCUUAGUAUUACUAACUCGGAACUAGAAAAGAUGACUACCGGGUACUAUGGUGCUCGAGGCGCAAAGAAUAUGAUGGAAGUCAUUACUUCCCGCUUUGCUCCGCGAGUACGGGAAUUGGCUUUAUCAGACUCGCUGGUACAGGCGGUUGGAGUUUCCGGUUAUGUUCAGGCAGUGCUUGUUCCAGAGCUGACAACAAUUCUUGUCAAGGAAGACAUGGACGUUGACGAUGAGGAAGCCAGACGCAUCAUGCAGGAUAGCAUGGAGAUUGGUGACCUUUUGAACCAGCAACUUGACGAUACUGUGGAACUACGGAACGAAAACUUGGACACCUAG